GUAAUAAUUUAUUUUCAAAGUUCAAUUAUCAUUUUGUUAUCACAUUUACGGAAAUGGUAAUGGAGAAUAAAAUACGUUUAUGGCAACAUUGUACUAGUCUACGGACAUAGCCGACGAAUUCCGAACGUAUGAUUAGGUCACGUGGUACUUUUGGAGUCUUCGUGGCGUAGCUUGUUCAGCUGCUCGUCGAAGCGGCUGUCGGACGGUCGCCUCUCAGCGAGUCUGCGUACGAUGUAGCGGCCAUUUUUGUUCUUAGUUCAUAAUAGCGUGCGCAUAUUUUAAUGUAUUUCGAAGGACAUUUAGGCAAUUUUCACGAUGACUAUUAUAGUUUUCCUAAUAGAUACUUCAGCCUCUAUGAACCAAAGAGCUUAUUUGGGCGGACGCCCAACGUUGCUCGAUGUAGCCAAGGGCGCUGUGGAAACGUUCGUAAAGGUUCGUCAACGUUCCCCCGAAAGCAGAGGCGACAGGUAUAUGCUCCUAACUUUCGAAGAACCACCCGCGAACAUCAAGGCUGGCUGGAAGGAGAACUUAGCAACAUUUAUUAAUGAAUUGAAGAAUUUGCAAUGUCUGGGCUUGACAACAAUGGGAGCUGCUUUGAAGCAUGCUUUUGAUGUUUUGAACAUUAAUCGCAUGCAAACUGGUAUUGACACAUAUGGACAAGGAAGAUGCCCAUUCUACCUGGAACCUUCUGUUAUAGUUGUAAUCACGGAUGGAGGGAAACUUUCAAGCAAUGCUGGCAUUCAAGAAGAGUUCAACCUGCCUAUGAACUGCCCUAUACCCGGCUCAGAGUUGACUCGGGAGCCGUUCAGAUGGGACCAAAGACUAUUCUCGUUGGUGUUGAGGCUCGCUGGCACUCCGGCAGUCGAGAGGGACACAGGACUCGUACCAUCUGAUUCGUCGCCAAUUGACGCAAUGUGUGAAGUUACUGGCGGUCGUUCCUACUGUAUCACGUCACAUCGUAUGUUGAUGCAGUGCAUCGACAGCUUAGUACAGAAAGUGCAGAGCGGCGUGGUGAUCAACUUCGAGAAGAUUGGCCCCGACCCGCCGCCUAUAGACGGGGCCAACAACAGGGAAGGCGAGCAAGACGAUGCCAACCACGAACCGGACAAGGAAGUCGAAGGAGACGGCGAAAGGAAUGGACGUUGGAACAGCGGCCAGUACCAGAACCCGAACCAAGGUGCAAGUGCUCCUCAGGCGUGGCACUCGUGCCGCCGCCUCAUAUACGUGCCGCGUACGGUCGCGCAGAAAGGCUUCGCUGUCGGCUUCUGGCCCAUACCGGAGUCGUUCCGAUCGGACCCCAACGCGCAAACAUUACCACCUCGUUCUGCACACCCAGUAGUGAAGUUCACGUGUUCAAGUCAAGAGCCCAUGGUUAUAGAUAACCUGCCAUUUGACAAGUAUGAGCUGGAGCCAAGCCCUUUGACACAGUUCAUAUUGGCCAGGAAACAACCAACUGUCUGUUGGCAGGUCUUCGUCGCCAACAGUGGUUGCAAGAACUCUGAAAUAAAUCAUCCAUUUGGCUACCUAAAGGCGUCGACGAACUUGACAUGUGUGAACUUGUUCGUAUUACCCUACAACUAUCCGAUGCUACUUCCUCUUUUGGACGACCUGUUUAAAGUGCACCGCUGCAAGCCUACGCCAGAGUGGAAGCUAGCCUUCCAGCAUUAUCUCGACAGGAUGCCUGCUUAUUAUGUUGCGCCUUUACGCAGAGCAUUGACCAAAAUGGGAGCGUCGCCUCAAUUACUGCAAAGCUUGAUACCAGACUCUCAAGAUAACUCGCUGAGUUUCUCUGUACUCAACUAUUUAAAAAGACUGAAAAACCAAGCUAAGGUAGAAUUCGAAAAGCUAUGUGCAGAUGUCAUCAACAAGUCUUCCAGCAAUAUUACUCAAAAGGCCGCUGAAAGCGUGCGAGUAAUGCCUCGGUCUGCACUCCGGAAGGAUCUUACAACACACCCGUGUCUUCAAGACAAGUUCUCAGCACUAAGGGAUCAAUUGAACGAGUUUGGCGGUUUCGUCGUAGGCUUAUCGCGUGGAAGGCAUAAGACGCAAGCGCACACCUACAGGAAUCCGUUUGAUAUACAGCGGAGGGAUUUGUUAGACCAGGUUGUACGAAUGCGCGCGAAUUUUCUUCAACCAUCCUUGGCGCACACUCGGCUGGUGGACGAGGACAGCCUGCACUCCAUGCCCGUCGCACAGAUGGGCAACUACCAGGAGUACCUCAAGCGGAUGACGCCGCAGCUCAGGGAGAUCGAGUCGCAGCCUGUCCGGCAACACAUGUUCGGGAAUCCCUUCAAGAUAGACAAGCGCAUGAUGGUGGACGAGGCGGACAUGGACCCCGUGGGCGGCGCCGUGCGCGGCGGCGGCGGCGGCGCGGGCGGCAAGCGCGGCGCCGACAGCCCGCGCGCCGCGCCCCCCAAGCGCCGCGCCGGGCCGCUGCCGCCGCACGUCACGGCGCGCCGCCCCGCCUCGCCCGCGCCGCCCGCCGCGCCCGCCGCGCCGCCCGCGCCGCCGCCCGCCUGCCCGCUGUCGCCGCUGGCGCCGCUGUCCCCGCUGGCGCCGCACUCGCCCGCGCCGCCGCGCCGCCCCGCCUCUCCGCUGGCGCCCGUGCCCUCGGACUUGCCGUCUGGACGCCCACCCGAAGAACCUCCAAACAUGGAUACAGGUGGGCCUGCGAUCAUCCCAGCAAGCAUUCCGACCGGCGGGUCAGCGAGCGGGCCUGCUAUCUCCCCAACAAGCGGUCCGCUACCGCCGCCGGCUUCCCCGCCUGCUGUCGCGCCACCCAACCUACCACCCGUUGUCAAACCUUUUCUCAAUGGAGACGCGUACACGACGAUGGGCAGCAAGUUGUCCCGCUCGCCGUCGCCGCCGGGCUCGCCGCCGCCGCUGCUGCUGCACGACUCGCAGGAGCUGCAGAUCAACGCCAUCCUGCAGGGCGUCGCCGCCGAGAACAACUCCAACGCUAGGGGCCGCAAGAGGAAACGAAAGAACGAUAAAUUACUACAGUUGACGAUGCCGCCUCAGCUGACUCGGAAAGAGAUCGCAGACAUUAGGAAGCACAACCUUGAAGUGCGGGCCGAAGUAUAUCGCGCGGUACGACGACCCGGAAGAGAUUAUUCGAAAUUGUUCGAACAUUUAAAACAGUUGCAAGGUGGUGUGGACGUUAGGAAGGAAGUGGUGCGCGACGUUAUAAACGAAUCGUUAAGGUUCAAACGUAAAGCCCUUGCUAAGCUUUUGGAAGACUUUUUAGUGGGACUUGAAAGAAAUGGAAGCAGUGCCUCAAUUAGUAUGAAGAGAGUUAACAACUCAGUGAUGUACAGUAAUGCUAACAACCACAGCUAGUAAUGAGUGCAAGUGGGGUGAACAUAGUUAUGUGAUCUAUUGAGUGGCCACAUUUUCUGUUCAAGCAAGUUGGGAACUUAGUUCAAUCGAAUCAAAAACUUGGACCAUUUGGUCAGUGGACACAAGCAUGUGCUGUUAUAUUAGUUUCUGUAUAAUUAAUUUUAUAUUGAUAAAGCCAGUCUACUCCGCGUGGAUAUUCUGAUUGUUACUCUAUGGUAUGAUCAUAUUCCGUGAUUAGUAUUGCGAUUCCGCCUGAUAAGUAGUCAUGUCGUCGAUGUACUGUUUAACACGAGAUGCGAUGUUAAUGAUCUCACAUGCUCGACAGUGUGACGUCACUCUAGAGCACUUAGUUAUUGCAUGUCGUAUGCAAGAUGCAGUUUGUUUGUAAGAAAACCGAAGGUAAUUUAAACUAAUUUAUCAAUCUGAAUGAAUCUUAAAAUAUCCUGUAAUUAUCAUAGUAGGAAACAUUUCAGUAUUCAUAAACGUGUCUCAUCAUAUUUUCAUUAAUGUUCGAAAGCAUUUUAUGUAAACUCACUGCAGCCAUGUCUUGCUGAUUUGAACGUAACAAAGUUUGUUAGACCAAGAACUGUGAAUAUGUAUGUGUCGGCCAAAGCGAACUAUUUUUCUGUCAUUUUGAUAUUUUGUGUCUUACACAUACCGAAGUAUAUGAAGCAAUAUAAAACUCGAUUUAUUAUCACAAUGUGUCUUAUUCAAAGUGGCAGUGAAAUAGUGAGUUUCAAUGUUGUAAAUAAAGUUGUACAUAUUAUUAGAAUGUUAUAUUACCAAUGGAAUGUAUGUGUAGGAUGCUUUUAUGCAUCGGUCUAUACGACUGUUAAUGUGGCCGGAUGACCUAACAGAGAUAUUAACAGAGAUAGAUAAUAAAAUAUAAAUACUAGUGUAAUGUAUCCAAAAUUAUCAUACAGUUUAUGAACCCAAUGAAUUUAAUAAAGGCAUUUAUAUGAAAUUUUAGUAUUGUCAUUAUUGACUCCAGUGAAAUUUUAAAAUGUUUUAUUAACAUCAGGGAGGGGUGAUAUUAUCGAUACGUAUUUAUACAAUACGCUUACGUCAUGGUUCGAAUGGUGUCGCACGAUAUUGUGGGCACAAUAAAAUAGUUUUAUUUUGGAUGUUGUUUAUCAAAAAUAUAGCAUCAUUACAUUUAAAAGAGAACUGUGAUACUCGAAAUUUUAAAUUAUCGAAUAUUAUGGGAACCCCGCCACAUUAACAAGAGUUCGGUCAAUUGUAAAGUGUAAUAUAUCAUUUUUUAAAUAAAUUAUGAUCCUUAUUGGAUUUUUA